CAUUGUCAUUUGGUUAAACAAUCUAUCGUCUCGUCUAUAAAGAAAAUUUAUUCGUAUAAACACAUCAUUAUCGAAUCCAAAUCGAACUUUUUUUUAGUGUUCUCUUUUUUUUUACUUUCGUUUAAAAACACACUAUCGUACAUCGACGAAAAAUUAAAAUCAAUCAAAUUACGCGUAUUCAUCUUUUACACUCGCUAGCUGUGUAGAUAUCAACAUGUUUCAUUUCAAUGGUUUUCAAAUGAUGUUUCCCGAGUCUCGGCCGUUCAACAAUUCGUAUAGAUGUUAUUCGGUAUCGAUGCUGCCGGGCAAUGAGCGUCAAGACGUUGAAAAGGGUGGCAAAAUUAUUAUGCCACCAUCAGCGCUAGAUCAACUGACUCGAUUGAAUGUUGUCUAUCCAAUGUUGUUCAAAUUGACAAACAGCAAGAAAAGUCGCAUCACACAUGCUGGUGUAUUGGAAUUUGUGGCCGAUGAAGGCAAAAUUUAUAUACCAUACUGGAUGAUGCACAAUUUACUGUUAGAAGAGGGUGAUAUUGUUCAAAUCGAAAGCGUUUCACUUCCAGUCGCCACAUUUUCAAAGUUCAAGCCACAGAGUCCGGAUUUCUUGGAGAUAACAAAUCAAAAAGCGGUUCUAGAAAAUGCAUUGCGAAAUUUUGCAUGUCUGACCACUGGCGAUCUAGUGGCCAUCAAAUAUAAUUCAAAAAUCUACGAAUUAUGCGUACUCGAAACAAAACCCGGCAAUGCCGUCAGCAUCAUUGAAUGUGAUAUGAAUGUGGAAUUCGAUACACCAGUUGGCUGGGAAGAACCAAAACGUGUACCGAAAAAAACGGAAGCUGAUGAAGACGCUGAGGCAAAUGAACUAUUACAAAAUCACUACGACACAAGCACAUUUGUGGCAUUUUCUGGCGAAGGCAAUCGUUUGGAUGGAAAGAAAAAGAAAUGUGAAAAGCCAGAAGCACCAACUGGAUCACGGACAUAUGUUCGUGGAAUUCCCGAUUACAAUCAUCCAUACGGUUUAAUUCGAUUCGAUAGAUCCGUAAAACCAAUCAGCGACAGAACUGAAGAACCAAAAUCCAAUGGAAAUGAUGACAAUGAUGAUGGCUUCAAGGCCUUUCAAGGUGAAGGAUUCUCUCUACGAAAGAGCAGGAAAUGAUGAUAUUCAUAAGAUUUUGGGGUCGAAGCAAAACAAUGAUUUUGACAAAUACAAAAAAUGUAAUGGUAUCUUUUACAAUUUGAUUAAAUUAUUGUUUAUUAAUAUUAUGCUCUACUUCAGUUGUAUAAAACCUGAGUUAUUUUGUGAAAGAAAAUAAAUUAAGAAUAUAAAUCGAUGAUUAA